AUGCUGCUGGACGGGCUCCGAUGGGCGCAGCUCAACCUGGCCGGCCUCCUGCCCGAGGCCGGGCCUCGCCCCGCCGCCGCCACCCUGACGCUGCUGCUGCUGCUGCUCGUCCUCCUCCUGGCCGGCACCCUGCUCGCGCUCUGGAGCGGCCGGGACGCUGCCGCCAUUCCAGGUCCCGGGUACUGCCUGGGGCUCGGGCCCCUGGUGUCCCACGGCAGGUUCCUGUGGAUGGGGAUCGGCAGCGCCUGCAACUAUUACAACCGCAUGUACGGAGAGUUCAUGCGCGUCUGGAUAAGCGGCGAGGAGACGCUCAUCAUCAGCAAGUCGUCCAGCAUGUUCCACGUCAUGAAGCACAACCACUACAGCUGCCGCUUCGGCAGCAAGCUGGGCCUGCAAUGUAUCGGCAUGCACGAGAAGGGCAUCAUCUUCAACAACAACCCCACCCUCUGGAAAGCCGUCCGACCCUUCUUCACCAAAGCCCUGUCCGGCCCGGGCCUCGUGCACAUGGUGGCCACGUGCGUGCAGUCCACCAUCACACACCUGGACAAGUUGAAUGAAGUGACCAACGAGCUGGGCUACAUCAGAGUGCUGACUCUCAUGCGCCGCAUCAUGCUGAACACCUCCAAUGCCCUGUUCCUGGGGAUCCCCAUGGAUGAGUCGGAGAUAGUGAUGAAAAUCCAGAACUAUUUCAAUGCCUGGCAGGCGCUCCUCCUCAAGCCCGACAUCUUCUUCAAGGUCUCUUGGCUGUACAAAAAGUACGCAAAGUCCAUCAAGGAGCUCCAAGACGUCAUGGAGACCCUGUUGGAUGAGAAGAGACUCCGCCUCUCGGCGGCUGAGAAGCUGGAAGACUACGUGGACUUUGCCUCGCAGUUGAUCUUUGCCCAGGGCCGCGGGGAUCUGACCAGGGAGAACGUGAACCAGUGCAUGUUGGAGAUGCUGAUCGCCGCUCCCGACACCUUGUCCGUAACCAUCUUCUUCAUGCUGCUGCUCAUCGCCAAGCACCCCAACGUCGAGCAGGCUAUCGUGGAGGAGAUCCGGAUGGAGAUUGGCGACCGGGACAUCGAGAUCGAGGACAUGCAGAAGCUGAAAGUGGUGGAGAGCUUCAUCUACGAGAGCAUGCGCUACCAGCCCGUGGUCGACCUGGUCAUGCGCAAGGCCCUGCGAGACGACGUGAUCGACGGCUACCCGGUCAAGAAGGGCACCAACAUCAUCCUCAACAUCGGCCGCAUGCACCGCCGGGAGUUCUUCCCCAAACCCGACGAGUUCACCCUGGAGAACUUCGCCAAGAACGUCCCCUACCGCUACUUCCAGCCGUUCGGGUUCGGGCCGCGCAGCUGCGCGGGGAAGUACAUCGCCAUGGUGAUGAUGAAGAGCAUCCUCGUCACGCUGCUGCAGCGCUACCACGUGCAGGACCUCCAGGGCGGCAUCGAGAGCGUCCGGAAGAAGAACGAUCUGUCUCUGCACCCGGAAGAGACCGGGCCAUCCCUGGACAUGAUCUUCACCCCGCGGACGCCCGGCCUCCUCCGCCAGCCCUGA